UUGACAGCAAAAUAUAACAGGCGCGGGAUUAUAAAUGUCAUAAACUGUUUUUUAACUUUUUGAAUUCUUUCAGCAGGAAAUUGUGAGAAAUCUCGAUUAAAUAAGUUAAGUAAAAGUUUAUUCAUCAAAUAUAUUGCAAAAUGAGUGAUGAUGAUGUUACUAUUAUGGAAGUGGACGAAGCAGGACCUGCGCCUCCCAAACCUUCGACGACGUCCAGUAAGACAGCACAUUUACCGUGGAUAGAGAAGUAUCGUCCACAAACUUUUACUGACAUAGUUGGAAACGAAGAUACCGUAUCUCGAUUAGCUGUGUUUGCCAAAGCUGGCAAUGCACCUAACAUCAUAAUCGCUGGCCCACCGGGUGUCGGAAAAACAACCACUAUUUUGUGUUUGGCUCGAGCUCUUCUCGGUUCCUCGUUUAAAGAUGCAGUUUUGGAACUCAAUGCCUCAAACGAUCGUGGUAUAGAUGUUGUCCGUAAUAAAAUUAAAAUGUUUGCGCAACAAAAGGUGACACUACCGGCAGGCAGGCAUAAGAUUGUUAUCCUGGAUGAAGCAGACAGCAUGACGGACGGAGCCCAGCAAGCUCUCCGCAGGACUAUGGAGCUGUACUCAAGCACCACAAGGUUUGCUCUAGCGGCUAACAACAGUGAGAAGAUCAUUGAGCCUAUCCAGUCCCGCUGUGCUGUGCUCAGAUAUUCUAGACUCACUGAUGCACAGAUAUUAGCUAAGGUUAUUGAAGUGUGCAAGAAGGAAGAUUUGUCUUAUACAGAAGAAGGAGUGAAUGCAGUAGUGUUCACAGCCCAGGGUGACCUGCGCUCCGCGCUUAACAACCUGCAGUCCACGGCACAAGGCUUCGGUCACAUCAGCCCUGACAAUGUGUUCAAAGUUUGUGAUGAGCCCCACCCCAUGCUGGUCAGGGGGAUGCUGGAGUCUUGUAUUAAAGGAGACAUACAUGGAGCUUAUAAGGUGAUAGCGAAGCUGGUGAAGCUGGGCUACGCGGCGGAGGACAUAGUGAGCAACACGUUCCGCGUGAGCAAGACGCUGGACGCGAGCGAGGAGGUGCGGCUGGCGCUGAUCCGUGAGGUGGGACUCACGCACAUGCGCGCGGCCGACGGGCUCGGCUCGCCGCUGCAGCUCGCCGCUAUGCUCGCCAGGAUGUGCCGCGCGGUCACUGGCCCCCAGGAACUGUGAUAGUGGAGUAGUGAAGUGAUAGGUGAAAAGUGUUGUGAUGGUGGAAAUGUAUGAAGAUAAUGUUAAUCGUUCCACUGGGAGAUGGGUGAACUGUUGGAACUGUACAAAAGGUUAUAGCAUAAGAGACUGCCGUAAAAAAUAUCUAGUAAUUAGUAUUAUGCCAAUGUUGGUUGUGUGAUACAAGUUGUAAAUGAAUUGGGUGCAAAAUAUGUUAGAUGUUAACUUUGCAUUGUAUCCAUAAAUAGAAUAACUAGAUUGUAAUUUUUUAUGUUAAAAUCUAGACAUUGUUGACCUUUGUCUGUAAAUAACUGAUUAUUUUGUAAUAUCUAAGUUAAAUUUGAUAUUUUAAUUUUAUAUCAUUCCAAUGUUUUAAAAAAAAUCGAUCAGUAGGCUGGAUUCGAACCCGCGUCUUCCGAUUUACUGGAGCGACCUGCAAUAGCUCUGGCUACUGAUAUAAUUUUUUCUAUUCUUUAAAAGUUUAUAAUAUCUGAUUUUUUUUUAAUUAUACUUUAACUAUAUGUUCUGAAGUAUGUGGUAAAGUUACCAAGUCAAUUAAGUAAUUAUCCAUUCAAUUAAUAGCAUCUCUAUAAACUGGUAUCAGUUAAAGAAAAAAAAUUAGAAACAUCAGUGCCAAGAUUGUGAACUUGGCACCAGACUUUUAAAAAAAUUACAUUUUUUGUGUUCAUUUGAAAGAUUUUGAAAAAAAGUUGUCCCCCAAAAUUGAAGAAAAUAUUUUUUCCCGUUGUUUCUUAUCGAUAAACAUUUGUAGUUUAUUGUCUAGUGCAUUUUUUCUUUCAUUAAACAAGCCAAUAUUUAAAUAAUCUAAUUGGAAGCUAUUGAGAUUUUUUUGUUGGCUAACUACAAACGAAUAUUUUCCAAUACUAGGACCAUUUAACAGUCAUUUUUAACGAUGUGUAAAAAAUCGUAAAAAUCGUAUUCUCUUCGGAAUUAGUUUUAUGUAGAAAAUAAAAUUGCUUAAAAUAUAUUUUUUCUGUUCAACAUCAAACAAAAAGAAUACAAAACAUACAAACGUACAUCUACUAGAAACAAUAUAAAAAAAUUUUUUUUGGUACAGAUUUUAUAGUGCCUUUAAAUUUUUUUUUGGCGCAACUACAAACAAAAUAAUUUUCACUACCUACUACUACAUAUCGAAAUCUUUCAAAUGAACACAAAUGCGUUUUUUUUUUAUUUGGGGCCAAGUUCACCUAGCCCAUUGCCAAGUAACAGAAAGUUGAAGUAAAAGAAGAUGGGGCAUGUACAUAGAUAAUUAUUAAGGAUCAAAAUCAAUCUAUUCUAUUAGAUAAAAGGGAAAGCUAUUAAAUUGAAUAGCUAAUUGAUUGCCACAGCUUAGCUAAUUUUAUAAUAAAAUCAAUCAUUAACCGUGGGUAAAAUAAAUUCAAAUACAGUAGAGACUCAGACUAAGUAAGUAAACACUAAAAUUAUAGUUAGAUGUGUUUAUUGGUGUUGAACAUGUUAUUUUAUAAUUAAGGCUAUUUUAUGUAUAUAAUAUGUGUAGUGUUCAUACACUUAUUGUUCACACAGAGCUGAUUUGAUUCAAUGUAUUCUUUGUAACACAUUAAAUAAAUGAUUUUUUUGCA